CCUCAAUAGUCGGUUGGCUUCCCCAAUCCAAGAUGGCUGCCUAGCGCGGAGGAAAGCGGCGCUCUAGCGCGGCCAGCUCUGUGAUGGGAGCGGAAGCCUUUUCUUCCCUUGCCUCCCCGCCCUCUGGGUUCUCUAUGGUGACCCUGCUCUGGUCUCCAAUAGGAGGCGUGGGGGAGCUCGGGGCCCCGCCCAGAGUCUGAUCAGCUGAUGGCUGGCAAUGUCUGUUGACAGCAGCAGCCUCCGCGGCAGGACUGGGUAUGUGAAUCCAAAUGGAGCAUUCUGAAGGAGGAGACCAAAACCAGCAGCAGCAGCCUUGGGGGAAGCUGAUCCGGUUAGGUGCUGAUGAAGCAGAGCCCCAUGUCUUACUGCUGAAAAGAGAAUGGACAAUUGGGCGGAAGAAAGGUUGUGACUUGUCCUUUCCUGGCAACAAACUGGUGUCUGGAGAUCACUGUAAGAUUACAGUGGAUGAAGAAUCUGGACAAGUAUCAUUGGAAGAUACCAGCACUAAUGGAACAGUAAUUAAUAAACUGAAAGUGGUUAAGAAGCAGACAUGCCCUUUGCAGACUGGGGAUGUGAUCUACGUUGUUUACAGGAAGAAUGAGCCAGAAAACAAUGUUGCUUAUCUCUAUGAAUCCUUCAAUGCAAAACAAGAUGUAACUCAAGAACCAGUAGAAGCUAAUGUAGAAAAUACGUGCCAUCUGACCAAAGAUACCUCACAUAUAGGAAGAAGUGAUGAUGGAACCCAAAUUACCUCAUCACUGCCAGCCACUCAAUCUUGCUAUGAGGAACCACAGCCAUCUACUUCUACAUCUAACCUCUUUAAUGCUUCUUCUACCUCUCUUAUCGAGCGGGCAUCUGCUGAGCAGGAUAAUCCUUCAACAUCUGAACCUAGGUGUCCUGGAGCAUCACAUGAAGAACAAGGACAGCUGUAUGCAAAUAGUGAAACUUCCACUAUCACUUCAAGUAUCAUUGAUAAAGAGAGAAAUGAAAGUUCUACAUCAGAGCCUCAAAGGGAAGAGGAGGAGGACUUGGAGCCUGCAAAGAAGAAAAUAAAAGGAGAUGAGAAUGCUAGUCCAUCUCUUCAGAUGACAGCUCCAAGUCAAUGUAUAAUUAAAGCUGGAUUUGAAGGCGCAAAAACAACAAAUGUAAAACCAGACAAAAUGGAAGAAACACUCACUUGCAUUAUCUGCCAGGAAUUGCUGCAUGACUGUGUCAGCUUACAGCCCUGCAUGCACACCUUCUGUGCUGCCUGUUACUCAGGGUGGAUGGAACGGUCUUCUCUCUGUCCAACUUGCCGUUGUCCAGUUGAACGUAUCUGUAAGAACCAUAUACUGAAUAACUUGGUUGAAGCCUAUUUAAUCCAGCAUCCAGAUAAGUGUCGUAAUGAAGAGGAUGUACGUAGUAUGGAUGCUAGAAACAAAAUCACUCAAGACAUGCUGCAGCCUAAGGUGCGAAGGUCAUUUUCCGAUGAAGAAGGAAGUUCUGAGGAUCUGCUGGAACUGUCGGAUGUAGAUAGUGAAUCCUCAGAUAUCAGUCAGCCUUAUAUAGUGUGCAGACAGUGCCCAGGAUAUCGGCGACACUCCAUUCAGCCACUUCCUUGCCCAGGCCAAGAGGGGGAAGCAGGAGGAUUGCAAGCACUGGGAGAUGCACCAUCGACUUCUGCCGACUUUCCUACAACUGUCCAGGAGUAUGUCUGUCCUUCUCAAGGAAGUCAUGUAAUAUGCACGUGCUGUUUUCAACCAAUGCCAGACCGAAGAGCAGAGCAUGAACAGAAUCCCAAUAUUGCCCCUCAGCAAUGCACAGUUUGUCUACAGCCGUUCUGUCAUUUGUAUUGGGGCUGCACUCGGAUGGCAUGUUUUGGCUGCUUGGCACCAUUCUGUGAAAUAAAUCUUGGGGACAAGUGUUUAGAUGGAAUCCUAAACAACAACCAUUAUGAGUCGGAUAUUCUAAAGGAUUACCUGGCAUCCAGGGGUUUUACAUGGAAAAACAUGUUAAAUGAAAGUCUCUUAGCUCUUCAAAGAGAAGUUUUUAUGCUGUCAGAUUACAGAAUUACUGGGAACACAGUGCUUUGUUAUUGUUGUGGCCUCCGCAGCUUCCGAGAGCUCGCCUACCAGUAUAGGCAGAAUAUUCCUGCUGCUGAAUUGCCAGUGACUGUCACAUCACGUCCUGAUUGCUACUGGGGGCGCAAUUGCCGGACUCAGGUUAAAGCACACCAUGCUAUAAUUGAAAUUUAUGCCAGGUUCAAGGACUGUGGAACAUCUGUUGGUCCAGUUUCAAGAAAUUCAAUCACAUUUGUGAACAAACACGUUUCAAGAACUGAACUUUCUGAAAUUGAAGCUGUCUGAAUAUUUGUAGUCUGUAGAAAGGGGAUGAAAGCCUGAAAUACUGAUCAUAUAGGAAAUGUUAUCAGGAGAUUUUCAUUAUUCCCUCACAGCAGGGAGUCAAUAACUUUUUCAUCAGGUACUCUGGUGUGACGUUUUUAAUUUGUAGAGUUUAACAGUUAUAUAUGAGUAAGUGAGAACCUCUUGAAAGAAAAUCUGACAAGCAUUGCAUUCCAUCCUCAUUAUUACAGUGUUACUAUUUCACUAUACUCAAAUCAAGUAAUAGCAGCCAUACAUUGGAGGACCUAAGAAUAAUCAGUGAGGAGUGUAUUUGCACUAAAUGUGUCUGAAAAUAAGAGAAACCUUUAUUAAAAUGGAAAUGCUCUGUACCAGUAACUUAAUAUCAAAGGAGGAAACUCAACACAUGUUCAGACUUGUCCACUUCUGUCUUGUCACUAGCAUUGCAGUUGGGAUGGAAAUCUAUUAAAGUUCACGUUCACAAAACAAGAAGGUGAUCUGGUAUAUGUUCAUCAGAAUGGUUUUUUUUGUUAAUUUUUCCCCCUGUUCGUUAAACAAACAACAGCUUCAGCUUACAGCCUCAAAUCAGAACAGUGCUUUGCAGGAAUGCUAUACAGGAAAGCAUUUUUUUUUGUUUUAGUUUAGUAGUAUUGAUGUUUUUUUACCAUUAGAAUUAAAUAUCACAAACAUUUUCACAAAUAUUUACAAAUCGGACUCAAAUUUGUGAUAGUAAUUGCUUAUGAACAAGCGUCUGCUUUUAAUAACUGUUUAGCAAUUUUCUAUCAAACUAAACCAUUAUUGACAUAGAGCAGACAGUAAGACAAGUUGGUGCAAUUUUUUUAAUGUAUUUUUUGGUGUGAUAUUGUACGUUAGCUAGGCAUGUGUAGUUUUAUCUUGCAGCUGUGCUCUAGCAUGUGCACAUUGGUAAAAGCGUAGAAAGGCUGCCACUUCAACAGAAUAUAAAAUGUUCCUAUGAAAAGGUCCACUGCAGAUGAACUUUAGCAAUAUGGAGAAAUUCUUUUGAUGUGGGGAAGAUUUUAAGGGGGACGCUGGUAUCUCUAACAUGUUGAGUAUGUAGACUUAAUUUUUCACUCCUCUAUUUUUUCCUUAAUUAUGUUCAGAACAUUUCCUGAGAUCAUAAAAAUGUGAUGUAGCCAUAAAUAUUUCCUAGUCGUCUGGCAACUAAUGUUCAUGUGCUUGAUUUGGACCAGCUUUUCAUAAGUAUCAUACCCAGGAGAGCAAAAUAGAAUGGGAAGAAAGCGUACAAAGUUACCUCUGUAUAUAUCGUGUUUUAGGUAUGCCUUAUUUUGCAAGCAAGGUUUACACUCUAUGCUAUGUGUUAUCGUGCAGCACGGGGUGGUGUAGCACAUUGUAUCUGUUAGUUAAUUAAAAAAAUACAAUACUGCACAUGUUAAUAUAAAUGCUAAUUAAAAAUAAUGGAUUUCUGUUCAUAUUUUUAUUUUAAAAGUAGCUGCAGCAGUGAUGGAUCUGUUGGUAAUAUCCAUAAUGCUGUUAAAAGUACACUUGGGUGUGGACUUCUCUUCCUAAUCUCUGGGCAUUUCCUCCUGUGACUAGGGUUGAAAUCAGAUCUGGAAUAAUACUUGAAACUUGUUAACAAAACUUUGUUUCUACCUUUUACUAUUACUAACAACGUUCUAUUGCAUCUGUAUUCAUAUUUUAUGUUUAGAAAGUUGAUUUUUUUAAUGGUUAUUAUAUCUUCUCAGGACAGCCAUUCCCAGCUGUUUGGUCUCAAUUUCAACUCUGGCUGUGCAUGUAAGCAAAUUGCAUGUAUUUGUGGAAAGAGAGCCUUUGCACAUUACAUGUAGAAAUGUGCUUUGCAUUCUCACUCACUACUUUCCAUGCCCCACAUUGGCUUUUAGCAUAGACUUGUCACUAUGCUAAUGUUCAAGUCCCUAAUGUGCUGAAUUUUUUGUGGAUUAAGAAUAACAUCUACCACCCUAUGUACAACUUCUCUUGCACCUGCACAAGCUGUUGGGACGUAUUAUGUGACAUCUUAAAAAUCUGCAACAAUCUCAAAUACUUGACAUCCAAACUACCUGUAUAGUAGAGGUUCCUUAUAUACCUUUUAUGUACCCCUCUCUUCCCCCCCUCCAAUAGAGAAUAAAUAUGGCUUUCUAUGCAUAGGGGGUUGAAGUAGUGCAAUGGAAUGAGAAGUUUUUUGUGAUUAUAUUGUACUUGGAAGAGCUGAGAGAUUAACUUGCAAAUGGGGAGGGUGAAUAAAUCCUGAUCUUUAUAUGCUCUUAAGUAACUAAGAGCAUCUGUCAUGGGUAUUACAUACUCUUUAGUCCUUUUAAAAUGUAUGGUUGCCAGGUGAUAUUUAGAUAAUGUGAUAACUGUAUAAACUAUACUUGGUGUAAUUGUUUAAAUACUGUAAAGGUGCACCAUAUUUUUAACCUAUCUAAAGCACACCCCCACCCUCUUCAUAAGAGACAUUUGGGAGCUGAGCAUAGAACCUUGUAGAAUAGAUGUUGUGAAAACAAGGGUGAUUAUGAUAGGGUUUAAUGUAGUGGUGAAUAAGAUACAGUCUCCCUCUAUGAGAAGGUUCUUUUAUAAAGAAGGUGGAGUGCAGUUCUUCCAAUUCUUUUUGUGAUUUCCUGGACUAAAAAGUUAUUAAAAAAAUUACCCAUUUAA